GAAAAUGUUAUUUUAAUACCUGUAAUUAAACAUGUAGUUUAAUUAAUAUACCAUCACUAAUGACAGAAAUGCCUUCGAAAAAGUUAACGGGUCGAAAAUUUAUCAGACGGCCAUGGAUACAAACUGUUUUGCUGUCAGGAAAUCUAGAAAAUCCAGUUCCAAAGAAAGCAAAGGCACGAGUGACAUGGUUGGAUCUUCAAAAGAACCGAGAUGGCACACAUUCUGGAGAAAUUACGGACAAUGUUUAUAAAAUUAAUGUCGUAUUUAGCGAAGAAGCAGUGGUAGAAUGUCUCGAGGACAAAGCACAUGGACAUAUUUUUAAGCGUUUUACAGAUAUAUUAGGAGGGGCCGUUGUUCUUACGGACUAUAAAGUUGUUCCACAAUUCAGUGAACAGGUUGGGAAAUUUUUUAAGAACACUGAGGGUGGAAAAUAUUUGGUACAACUGCAGUUUAUUGGAUAUCAGUGUGUCUCUGUCCAGCUGCCAUUUUGCAGGACGUGGCAGAAGCACACCCGAGGGCAAAUUCUCUUUCAAAAUAUAGCGCACCUGACCUCAGUGCUUCGGUUGAGUGAGACAAAUUAAAAAUUUUAUUUGUACGUACCUAGACACAACAAAUGACAUAUGAAGUUGGAGAAAUCAAGUUGUAGGAAGACAGAGAUUAACAGAUGUUUUAACAUUUCAUAUUUGUAGUGUUGUAAGACAGAAAGUAGAUUGAUUCUGCACUUGGGCAGUAAGAAAGUCACGCUUGGGGUGAUUUUUACAACUUUUCAGGUGCGCACCUGUUGAUUUCAAACGCACCUGCACCUCAGAAAUCCAGUUCAGCACACCCAAGAUCUUGUCGAAAUGUGCCACGUUCUGCAAACGGGUCCAACUGAUAAAUACAAUGGGCUCGUAAAGUACACAUUUUGUCGGGAAAUGACCCUAACACUAACCCCACUUCUAAACCCAACCCUUAUUGUUUCGUUUUUUUUCUUCAUUUUGCAAGCAAAACUAGCAUUGGAGAGCACUGGUACUCAUGCAGUGGGUUAAACUAAACAGUUUUCUGAGAAGCCAAUCUGAUCUCUCCCUUCAGUCGUCUAACCCAAAGGCCUAUAAUUUUCAAUGAGUGACCAAGUGAAAAUGGCUCUGGGGAUGAGAAUGUAGCCUAUUAAGGUCUGACAGGUUUGAGCUCAAUUACUGAGAAUAUUCUUAUCAGCUCGACAAAAGAUCCCCAAUUUUGCCGAUGCAAAAAUAGCCAAUUAUGAGUAGGGGUGCACCGGAUUUCAAAUCCAGCCGGAUUUAAUGAAUUUUCCGACAUCCGGCCGGAUUUGGAGAAAAUCCGGCCGGAUUUAAAUUUCAAUUUGGCAGCUUUAAAGUUUAAAAAACAUUUAUAUUAUUAUAAAAAAUUAAGUUAUUAACAAAAAGAUAUUUAAAAAAGGUUUAAACACAAUCAAAAAUCUAAACUAACUAAAAAUAAUAAAAAACAUAAACUGCCAUUUUGAAUACUGAAUUAUCACAAUUUAUCCCCAAUUGUCCCCAUUACCUGUUGAUUACCGGUUUAUCUCAAAUUCCGGCCAGAAUUUUUGUCCAAAUCCGGUUCCGGAAAAUUCCAAAUCCGGUGCACCCCUAAUUAUGAGGGCUGAGGAAUGAUUCUUGUCAACCAUGAGUUUGGCCAUAAGGCCAUGCAUAUAAUCUUGCAUUGACUGUUAACUGUCUUCACCCUAAAAAUAUCCUGUGACUGCAUGUUUAAUUAAAUUCCUGCAAACUCUAUAAUGUGGGGAAAGUGCACUUUGGUAGAUCCAUACAUGGUCAGCAGUUUCCCUGGUUGGAAUCCAUCAAAUUUUUACACUGGAGGUUACAAACCUGUGUAUUUUGUUGGGAUUUGGUAGACUGCACUAGCUGCUCUAUUUAUGAUAUAAUUGCAGAUUUGGUUGUUUUGACCAAUGUUAAAAAUGUUAUUUUUGCAGGAAUUCAUAAUCUUGAUUAAUCAUUUUAAAGUCAUGCCAGGAUAUAUUGGUCCUUUAGCAUAUACAGAGGAGAUCCCAGAUAACAUCAGGAAUAGUAAACAUGAGAAAGAAGUGAAAGAAAAACUACAGUCUUUGUGGGGGAAACAACAUGGUGAGGAGUAGAGGAUGCUGCUAAGUAUAGCAAUAUAAAAAGCUUAAAGGUGAUCUACAGUCCGAUCUGCGCAUGUGCACAAAUGAGCCCACUUUUUAUGAUAUAAACAGUUUAACUAUGUUUUGAGUUCUUGAAAAGCCUGAUUGUUGUUUCUUGAUCAUUUAUUAUACUCUAGAAGCUUGAAAAUAUAAAUAGUUGUCGAAUAAAGCUCAAUAUUUUGGACACAAAAAUGUAAACAAAGGCUUUGUUUACAUACGGACUGUAGAUCACCUUUAAAUUAGAUUUCUGCAAUUAUGAGGUGUUUUUAAUAAAUUAUCUAUUUAUAUAGCCAACCUGGGCAAUGGUGUGGCUGAUAGCCUACCAUGUACAACAGCUGUAGUUGGUCCUCUAGAGAAUGUCCAGAACAUUGAUGCAUCAAGCCAAGGUGCCUUGUCUGAGAUGAACAGUCAGGUAUAUAAUUGCAAUAUCAGAAGAACUGGAGAUCUUGAUAUCACUGAAGCCAGAACUACAACAAUGAAGUUAAUGAACAUGAACUUUAAACAUGCUGCUUCCUUGUGGAAUUUACUGGAUGACAAUUAUGUGAUCAUUCCAUGCAGAUAAAGCUAAAAAGCAAAAUUAUUAUAUCAAAGACAAGAAGUGCAUUUCAAAUACAAUAUAUAGCAAUUACAAUUUAAUUACUAACUCCCACAUAAUUUUAUAAAUUUAUGAUGGUUGGUGCUUUACAAAGCUUGGUAAAGCUUAAUGUUUAAAUGACAUGUUCAUUUUCAUAUAUUUUAAUGAUUCAAAUAAUUCUAUUCGCUCCACUUUCUCAAUCAACCGCUAGUUAAGCCCUGCUCUCUAAUAAGCUUGCCCUGCCCCAAAAGUACCAAUAAUAAAUAGAGGUUUAAUUAAUUAAAGAUUUUAUAUAUUUGGUUGAGUUAAUGAAUUAUUGUUGUUUAUGUUAAAGGAUGAAUCCAGAAACAAUCUAAGUUACUUUGCGGAGAUGGCUGAUGAAGUUCUCAAAGAACAGGAGGAAAGAGCAGAUCUGAUUGAGUUAUGUCGGAACUACGAGCCACUUGAAAACAGUGACGAUCUAGAAGUACAAGGCUUGUUAGAUCGCAUACACCAAGCGCACAUAAAGUAUGCACCAUUCAGUGCUGAAACUCAAUCUUCCAGCGGAGAUUUGGAAACUAGUCAGGCCAUCCAAAUGCCAACUUCGGAUGACCUGAAGCUUGCUGUUUGUUCAUGGCCAACUCGAUCUCAUGAUGAAGUGGUGACUUCGGAAAUUGAUACAGCUGGUCUUCAAAGCACAUCAUUGGAUAUGAAUCUCGCAAACUUGAACAAGGCUGAUUUAAUUGAAUUAUGUCGAAACUACUGGCCUCUUGAGAACACGGAAGAUUUAGAGAUCUCAGAUCUAUUAGAAAUGUUGCACCAAGCACAUACCAAGUGCGCCCCAUUUUGUGAUUCAAAUUCGCACUCUACCGAUGGAGACAAUGAACCACAUCAAGAUGUGCCAACUUUGGACGUUACUCAUUCAGAAACCCAGAGCCAGUCUCGUCAUGUUAAUGAUAUACGGACUUCGGAUGUUACUACUUCAGAAACACCCAGUUCCACGCAAUCAUCAAAUGUCUCGCCACACAUGUUGUUAGGUCAGAAUGAUACCGCUCGCCAAGUGUUUGACCUCACAAUGAGUGAUUAUAGUCAAAGUUGUCUAGAGAAUCGAAGUUUAUAUGUAGCAGAUGCUUCACGUAUUGGUGCUGCCACAGGUGUUACAAAUGCCACAGAUGUUACAGAUGUUGAGACUGUAACAUCUCAAACUUUAAUUGAUGAAACGAACUGUGAAGAUUUACCGUGUUCGUCCAAGCAUAUUAUUGACAGAAUUAUGAACGUAACAGUUUCACAAGACCGUAGCACGCCUGUUGCACGCCCCACUCUGCAGCUAUCGCAGACCCCAGACAGGUCGCAAGAAGGGCAGAAACGUAAGAAAGAAUUAUGGAAAUUUAUAGGUGGCUACUGGAAGGAUAAAAAGAAGAAAUUGCGCAAGUAAUGAAAGACUUAAAGUAAUGAAAAACUCAACGAGAAUAGCCCUAAACUAUUAUUAUCAGCUGUUUUCGUCGAAAAACAUUAAUGGAUCGGUUUUUGGUAUAGAACCCUGUUUGGUAAAGGGUUACAGCACUGCCGCGUGUGCUCUAUGGGAUAAAGAGUGCCUUGAAUUAAAUAAAAGAUCACGAGUGUUACAACACCCAAUGGCAAAAUUAAAAACAGUUGCUUCUGAAUCACUAUAACGUAUUUGAAUUAGGUUAUUGGUAAAGGGUUAUAGAUAGAUAGAUAGAUAGAUUGUUUGUUUAAUAAGAUUAACACAUAGC